CGCUUAAUUCAGGUUUAUGGCCCAGCGGUUUCUCUGGCGGUGCUGUUGCUUUUCUUCUCACGAAUCUCCCUCCUUCUUCCUGGAAUUUGGAAUCGAGUGAGUUUUCUGACGUGUUUGAGCACAGGACCCAGGGGUACUUGGAGAGAGAAGUGGUCCUGGAGGAGCUGGACUGAUCAUAGAAAUGAGUCCUGCGGAUGCUCUCGAUGAUGAAAAUACAUUUAAAAUCUUAGUUGCAACAGAUAUUCAUCUGGGAUUUAUGGAAAAAGAUGCUGUCAGAGGAAAUGAUACGUUUGUAACACUUGAUGAAAUUUUAAGACUUGCCCAGGAAAAUGAUGUGGAUUUCAUUUUGUUAGGGGGUGAUCUUUUUCACGAAAAUAAACCCUCAAGAAAAACAGUACAUAACUGCCUCGAGUUAUUAAGAAAAUAUUGCAUGGGGGAUCGUCCUGUACAGUUUGAAAUUAUCAGCGAUCAGUCAGUCAACUUCGGUUUUAGUAAGUUUCCAUGGGUGAACUAUGAAGAUUGCAAUCUCAACAUUUCAUUUCCUGUGUUUAGUAUUCAUGGCAAUCAUGAUGAUCCUACGGGGGCAGACGCACUCUGCGCCCUGGAUAUUUUAAGUUGUGCUGGAUUUGUAAAUCACUUUGGACGUUCAAUGUCUGUGGAGAAGAUAGACAUUAGUCCGGUUUUGCUUCAAAAAGGAAGCACAAAAAUUGCUCUAUAUGGCUUAGGAUCCAUUCCAGAUGAAAGGCUCUAUCGAAUGUUCGUCAACAAAAAAGUAACAAUGUUGAGACCAAAAGAAGAUGAGAACUCUUGGUUUAACUUAUUUGUGAUUCAUCAGAACAGGAGUAAACACGGAAAUACUAACUUCAUUCCAGAACAGUUUUUGGAUGACUUCAUUGAUCUUGUUAUCUGGGGCCAUGAACAUGAGUGUAAAAUAGCUCCAACCAAAAAUGAACAAGAGCUCUUUUACGUAUCACAACCUGGAAGCUCAGUGGUCACUUCUCUUUCCCCAGGAGAAGCUGUAAAGAAACACGUUGGUUUGCUGCGUAUAAAAGGAAGGAAGAUGAACAUGCAGAAAAUUCCUCUCCACACAGUGCGGCAGUUUUUCAUGGAGGACGUUGUUCUGGCUGAUCAUCCAGACAUUUUUAACCCCGAUAAUCCUAAAGUAACCCAAGCCAUACAAAGCUUCUGCUUCGAGAAGAUUGAAGAAAUGCUUGCAAAUGCAGAACGGGAACGUCUGGGAAAUUCUCGACAGCCAGAGAAGCCUCUUAUACGACUGCGAGUGGACUAUAGUGGAGGCUUUGAACCGUUCAGUGUUCUUCGCUUUAGCCAGAAAUUUGUGGACCGGGUAGCUAAUCCAAAAGAUGUUAUCCAUUUUUUCAGGCGUAGAGAACAAAAGGAAGACACAGGAGAAGAGAUCAACUUUGGGCAGUUCAUCACAAAACCUUCAGAAGCAACAACUCUAAGGGUAGAAGACCUUGUGAAACAGUAUUUUCAAACCGCAGAGAAGAACGUGCAGCUUUCACUUCUUACAGAAAGGGGAAUGGGUGAAGCAGUACAAGAAUUUGUGGACAAGGAAGAAAAAGAUGCCAUAGAGGAAUUAGUGAAAUACCAGUUGGAAAAAACACAGAGAUUUCUUAAAGAACGUCAUACUGAUGCCCUAGAAGAUAAAAUCGAUGAAGAGGUACGUCGUUUCAGAGAAAGCAGACAGAAGAAUGAAGAAGAUGAUGAAGUUCGAGAGGCCAUGAAUAGGGCCAGAGCCCUCAGAUUUCAGUCAGAGAAAGCUGCUUCCGCCUAUAGUGCUGAUGACCUUAUGAGUAUAGAUUUGGCAGAACAGAUGGCUGAUGACUCUGAUGACAGCAUCACAGCAGCAGCCAACAAAGGAAGAGGCCGAGGAAGAGGCCGGAGAGGAGGAAGAGGGCAGAAUCCAGUGUCAAGAGGAGGAUCUCAGAGAGGAAGAGCAGGAGCUGCUCUGGAGACUUCUACUCGAGGCAGAAGUUCAAAGGCCACUAUGUCAACAUCUAGAAAUAUGUCUAUUAUAGAUGCCUUUAAAGCUACAAGACAGCAGCCCUCCCAAAAUGUUGCUACUAAGAAUUAUUCAGAGGUGAUUGUGGUAGAUGAGUCAGAUACGGAAGAAGACAUUUUUCCUACCACUUCCAAAGCUGAUCAAAGGUGGUUGAGCACUUCAUCAUCGAGCAAACACAUGUCCCGGAGCCAAAUCACUAAAGGGGUUGAUUUUGAAUCAGAUGAGGAUGAUGAUGAUGAUCCUUUUAUGAACCUUAGUUCUUUAAGAAGAAACAGAAGAUAAUAUAUUUAAUGGCAGUUUGAAGUUUUCAGGAUUCAGGAAAAAUCGAAACGUUGCAAACUACGCGUUUACCAGUUGAAGAUUUUUUGAGUAUUGCUAUUAACUGAAGAAUUUGAAUGAUUCUUACUUAACAGAGAAACUAAUGUAUAAAAAUUUAUGUUUUUGAAUAUCAUUUCCUGAACAUGACUUCAUUAUUUGAGAAACUUCCCAGCUCAAGGGCAUAUAGAAUAGCAUUGUUUUUCCUCAUUUUUUAAUCUGGUUGUUAACAUUACCUGUUCUAUAAAUGCUCCAUAAAACUUAGAAUGUUGUUUUUCUGACAUACAUCAGUAUAUGUCUUACCGAGUGAGAGCUUUGCUUAAAUACAGUCUUGAGUAAGGACUAAAAUAAAUCUACCAUUGUACGUUUCUGCUUUAUAAUCAAAGACUGUGUCAGUAUUUUAAGGUUAUUAUAUUUAGCCAAAGUUGAGGAAAAGAGCUUAUAGAAUCUAGUCCUUUUUAUAAUUUUCGUAAUUUGUAGACAUCCUGGAUUUCCUGCAGGUAAAACAAUUUAUAUGAAACGGUGCCUAAGCUCACUGUCUGUUACUCAGUAUAUGUUCUUUUUCUAAUGCUUGUGAUAGUACCAGCCAGAAACUUUGAAUGAUUACAUAUACCCUAUACUUUGAAUAAUUAGAUAUAAGUUUGUAUCAAAAAAUAAAGUCUGUCAGAAUUAUUGAGUUUUUUAUUCCAGUUGUAGCAAAGAUUCCAGAGGAUUAUGUUCCCAUUGAAUGGUGGUAAUUUUCUCCAUUAUUUUCUAUUAUUAAUGGUUCUCUCUCUCUCUCACCUGUUUC